GUUUAGACGUAAGAGGCGGCAUUUAACUGCUACAGUCUUGAUUCGUUUGCUUGGAAAGGCUUCAACGGCUAUUACAGAACAACAGAUUCUCUACAGGAACAGUGAAGAAGCAUCGAAAUUUUCCACACCGAUAUAAGUAAGACAGAAAGCAUCUUUUCUUGUGUUAUCUGAUCAACAUACUGAACUGAAUGCGCCACAACUUAGACGUUAUAGGCAGUCUUAACAGAAAUGGGGAAGAAGAAGCAUCGGAAAUCUCAACCUCAGGUCAUGGCACUAGACACUUCUUCUUUAACAAAGAAACUUCGCGCCUUCUCGGAAAAAUAUGUGAAGAUUUCUGAAGAAACCUCUACUCGCGCUAAAAAGUUGGUCAAAGAUUACAUUGAAGACCAGAUCAUAGCCUACAUUGAAAAGAAUUCCAAGAUUAAGAAUCUAGAACUAGAGUAUACCGGCAGCUUUUACGAGGGUUUGAAGACUGAAGCUGCUGACGAGGCCGAUAUCAUGGUUAUACUGAAAACACCAAACUCAGGGAUCGAGGUAAUCCCAUCCCGAGUGCCCGGGUACGUCCGUCUUAAAGCAAGAGAUGCUCCCAUGUUCAACAAGUAUUUGAGUCCAGAAGGCUACAUUGAUGCUAAGAGGCUUCGAAAUAGCUGGUUCCAAAGCCAUGUUCGCGUGGCAGUGAAUGCGAUUAAACCGAAACCACCGCACUCUGAGGUUCGUCUGGAUGUGCGUAACCACGGACCAGCAGUCCAGGUGGACAUAAUCAAGAAAGGAUCUGAAGAGAUGCUAUUAUCAGUUGAUCUCGUUCCUAGCUUUCAUGUCGGGGAUAGCUGGUAUGUGCCAAAGCCUUUUGAAGGGAAACGAUAUGUGUCUCGAAAUGAACUUCUCUGGAGAAAGACGUUUUCACCAGAGGAGAAGCGACUCCUAAAGCACAUGGAUAGUGAAAACCAAGGCGGCUGUAAGCACGAGCUCCUCCGAAUCGUGAAGACCGUAGUCAAGAGGCCGGUGACAUCUUUACCGUUAGAUUCAUACCAUUUGAAGACCGCCUUCAUGCACUACAUUAAGAGGGGAGACCUGAAUUGGGUGAAGGAUGCGUUAGGAGAAAAUUUUAUUGGAUUUCUUAAGGAAUUACAGAUUCGUAUGGCCAGCAGAAACCUUCCCCACCGUUGGUUGAGUGAUGUCAACGUUCUGGAUGAUUUCAAAGAACAGACCGUUCAGCUGAUGGAGAAUCGUUUGAGAAACAUCCUGACGAAAGAAGUAAAGCUGAAUAAGAUACUCGAAUAGCCUUCAGGACUCUGUCGCGUCUGUCUCCUUCGUACUGUCAAUGCUAUCUAUCAUGUUAUUGAGCUAUCAAUGAUCGUUUAAAGAAAAGUUCUCAAAGGUGUAGUCGUGUAGAAGCCUUUUUUCAAGGUGUAUGGUUGUUUUUAACCUAAGUAAUAAUCAUAUUUGAAAAAAGCAUUGUAACGUUUGUGAAGUGAAUGUGAUAUAUUUUGUCUUUUACUUAACGUAAUAAAAUGAUACAAGAAUUAGAGAAAGCUGCGUCCGUUAGUAGUGUAAAGUACAGCAAACAGUUUAUUACUUUAAAAAACCUUAUUAGUAACAUCUUGAGCAACCUAAUUUAACAAGUUGUUUUGGUGGUAACGUUUCGUAAUCAGAAGUAUUAAAGAA